ACGUCAACGCGUUUUACGUCACAUUUCACAAUAAUUUAGUAGAUCAAAUUUUGAAAAUUAGUUUUUUACACUAAAUUCCAAUUUAAAAUGUAUAUAAUAAAAUGGGUUUUGACUUAGAGCGCAUUUGUUGUCUACCACCAUCUAGCAGUUCGUCUAGUACAACCAAAAUUUUUUGCAACGAUAAUUACAACAAAUGCAGUCAAUGCUGUUGCUAUCCGUGCUGUAGACAAUCCCUAUUGAAUGAUCAUAGCUAUUCACUACUAAAACGGAUUUGCCAUAAGAUAAUCAAAAGUUAUAACCGACAGCAGUGCCGUGAAAAGUAUAGCGUAUUUAAUGGAGGUAACAGUAUCAAUGGUCGAUGCUCUGACAGUCAAAAAUACGAUUCUUAUUCUAAAAACCAGUAUGGCGAUGGUGAAGGGGGCUACGGCAGGGAUUCACAAACAGGAAAAGGAAGAGGAAGAGGAAGCUUUGAUUUGAAGGCACAAGGUAGGAAUCCAUCUAAUAAGAAAGGCGGCAAGGGUGAUGAAUUCGGAUCUCAAAAUGCAUCCAAGAACGGAGAUCCAAAAGGGGAAGGAAAAGUGAACUUGGCUGCAAUGUCAAGAGGGGAGAAAGAUUCAAAAGGUAAAAGAGGAGAUGCUGAUGACAGUGACCCUGCAAAAAAGUCGAAAAAGGAAGGCAAAGGUGGUGAUGGUAAAGGUGGUGGAAAAGACGCCGAUGACAGUGAUCCUUCAAAGAAAUCGAAAAAGGAUGGUAAAGGUGGUGGAAAAGAUGCCGAUGAAAAAGAUACUUCAAAUAAAUCAAAAAGGGCAAGCAAAGGAGCUGAUGGUAAAGGUGGCGGAAAAAAUGUCGACGACAGCGAUCCCUCAAAUAAAUCGAAGAAGGAUGGCAAAGGAACUGAUGGUAAGAGUGGUGGAAAAGAUGCCGAUGAUAGCGAUCCUUCGAAGAAAUCUAAGAAAGAUGGCAAAGGAGCUGAUGGUAAAGGCAGUGGAAAAGAUGCUGAUGGUAAAGGCGGUGGAAAAGAUGCUGAUGGUAAAGGCGGUGGAAAAGAUGCUAAUGGUAAAGGCGGUGGAAAAGAUGCUGAUGGUAAAGGCGGUGGAAAAGAUGCCGAUGGCAGCGAUCCUUCAAGGAAAUCUGCAAAGGAUGGCAAAGGAGGUGAUGGUAAAGGGGGUGAUGGUAAAGGUGGCGGAAAAGAUGCCGAUGACAGCGAUCCUUCAAAAACAUCAAAACAUCAACAAAAAGAAAGAAAAGACGAUAAACUUAACGAAUCUGGAAAAGGAGGCAAGAGUAAAGGAGAUACGAAAAGUUCAAUAACAGCAGAUGGUAUUACAAAUAAAGAGAAGAAAGGUAAAGAUAGUUCCAGGGAUAGUACAAUGAAGAAAGGAAAGGGAACGUCAGCAGACGAACAGGACAUUAGUUCAAAAUCUGAAAAAGGUAAAAAGGGAAAGGAUGAAACUGGGCGACCAUCUCAAGCUGAUAAGAGAGGGAGCAGAGAUGGAAAUGAACGUGGCCGUGGAUCAAGGAGAUCGGGGGAUAAAUCUAGGAAUGGCAGCAGAUUGAGACUCCGAAAAGGUAACAUGGGAUCGAAAUUCACGCACAAAGGCGGAAGAUUUGGCAAGCCAGACUAUUCUCAUAGACAAAGUCGCUAUGAUGAAAUUCGAGCCUGCGAUUUCCUUCGUGUACAUUUGGAAAAGCGUGACCUCUCAAGAUGUUUCACAUGCAAUCGGAAUGCUUGUUGCGAUUCGUGUUCACCAUGCAUGCCGUGCUAACCUGUUAUGUAUUGAGGAAUAUUGGAUAGGGAUUGGUGCCUAAGAGCCGAAAACGUGUUAUACGUACAUAGCUGAAAAAAAAACUUUAAUCAAUUCCCAAUAAUUUUGUUAGCUUGAAGGGUUUUUGGACUUUUUAUAAUUUUUUGAGGGUUAUCCAUAAGUGUUUUGACUCGGCACAAAUAUUCAACAUCAUAAAAUAAACUAAAGUAUCAACUAUUGGAUUGGUACUGACCCAUCCGUGUGUUUCCCUA